ACACAGAGUUAGACAAAGUGAAUAGUUUUGGUUUAGGAUGAUCCCAUGCACCUAUUAGCGGGAAUCUCUUGGGAAGUCGUUUCUGUCUUGUUGCCCUGCCCCUCCACCUCCUCCCUCUUAUUACUUUUGAAUCCUUUUAAGCCCCCUUUUUGCUCUGUCUCUCUCUCUCUCUCUCUGUGUCUCUGCAAAUAAACAUUAACACAAAUCCAAUCAAUCAUGGUGAUCAUGUCCUCUCAUCAAAUCUUCUCUGUUUCUUCCUCCUCCUACCUUCACCCUCCUCUGCUUUUCCCAGGAUUAAGUUCCUACACUACUAAAGACAAACGAGUCUGCUACUUUGAUAGCACUCGCUUAAUCUGCCGUGCAAUAUCCAAGCCUGCUCGCACAACUCCAGAAUACUCGGGCGUGCUUCAAAACGGUCUGCCAUUGAUAAAGUGGCGUGAGAUUGUGGAGGAUGACAUACAAGAACAAGAAGAACCUCUUAAGGUUUCCUUGGAAAACCAGAUUAGACAAGGUGUCGACAUUGUUAAGUCGAUGUUGGGAUCAAUGGAGGAUGGCGAGAUUAGCAUUUCAGCUUAUGACACUGCAUGGGUUGCACUUGUUGAAAACAUUCACCACCCAACUGGUUCUCCUCAAUUCCCAUCCACUCUUCAAUGGAUUGCCAACAAUCAGCUCCCCGAUGGCUCCUGGGGUGAUCCCUACGUGUUCUUGGCACACGAUCGAUUAAUCAAUACGUUAGCUUGUGUUAUCGCUCUCAAGAAAUGGAAUAUUCACCCCAACAAAUACAAAAAAGGAUUGUCGUUUGUGAAAGAGAACAUAAGCAAGCUAGAAAAGGAGAAUGAGGAGCACAUGCCAAUAGGAUUUGAAAUCGCUUUCCCAUCACUUCUUGAGAUGGCUAAAAAACUAGGGAUUGAAAUACCUGAUGAUUGUCCAGCCUUGCAAGACAUCUAUGCCAAGAGAGAUCUCAAACUCACAAGGAUACCAAAGGACAUAAUGCAUAAUGUGCCCACAACACUACUCCAUAGCUUGGAAGGAUUGCCAGACCUGGAUUGGGAAAAGCUUGUAAGAUUGCAAUGCAAAGAUGGGUCAUUCUUGUUCUCUCCAUCUUCCACUGCCUGUGCACUCAUGCACACUAAAGAUGGCAAUUGCUUCUCCUACUUGAACAACAUGGUACAAAAGUUCAAUGGAGGAGUACCGAAUGUGUACCCGGUUGACCUGUUCGAACAUAUUUGGUCUGUUGAUCGCUUGCUACGCCUAGGAAUCUCCAGAUUUUUUCAGCCAGAAAUCAAACAAUGUCUUGAUCAUGUUCACAGAUAUUGGACCAAAGACGGAAUUUGUUGGGCAAGAAAUUCGCAUGUUCAAGAUAUUGAUGACACAUCAAUGGGAUUCAGGUUGCUUAGAUUGCAUGGAUACGAGGUUUCUCCUGACGUGUUUAAGCAAUUUAGAAAAGGCGACGAGUUCGUUUGUUUCGCGGGACAAUCAAAUCAGGCGAUUACUGGAAUCUAUAACCUGUAUAGGGCUUCUCAACUGAUGUUCCCUGAAGAGCCUAUUCUUGUGGAAGUCAAAAAAUUUGCAAGAAAUUUCUUGAGGGAAAAAAGAGCUGUUAAUGAACUCCUAGAUAAAUGGAUCAUAACCAAAGAUUUACCAGGCGAGGUGGGGUUUGCCUUGGAUGUUCCAUGGUACGCAUGCUUGCCUAGAGUUGAGACGAGGCUUUACAUUGAACAAUAUGGUGGCCAAGAUGACGUAUGGAUUGGCAAGUCUCUUUACAGGAUGCCCUAUGUCAACAACAAUAUAUAUCUGGAGCUAGCAAAGCUAGACUACAACAAUUGCCAAUCCUUGCAUCGCACUGAAUGGGACAAUAUCCAAGAGUGGUACGAAGAAUACAAUGUUGGAGGAUUUGGGGUCAGCAAAAGGAGCCUUCUUAAGACAUAUUUUGUAGCUACAGCCAGUAUUUUUGAACCCGAAAGAUCGGUAGAGCGACUCGUUUGGACAAAGACUGCAAUCUUGUUAGAAGCUAUUGCAUCUUAUUUUAAAAAUUCUAGAGAAGAAAGGAUUGAAUUUGUAAAUGAAUUCCAAAAAUUUCCCAAGACAAGAGGUUACAUUAAAGGAAGGAGAUUAGAUGGAAAGAUGGCAACAAAAGAAGUUAUUGAGAUGGUGUUUGCAGCACUAAAUCAUUUUUCAUUGGAUUCAUUGGUGGUGCAUGGUCAAGACAUUACUCACCAUUUAUAUCAAUCCUGGGAAAAGUGGGUGCUGACGUGGCAAGAGGAAGGAGACAGAAGAGAAGGAGAAGCAGAGCUAUUGGUGCAGACAAUAAACAUGAUGGCUGGCCACACACCCUCUCAGGAGUUGUUGUAUGAGCGACUCUUCAAACUCACAAACAAGGUUUGCCAUCAGCUUGGUCACUAUCACCACCUCAACAAAGACAAACAACCUCAACAGGUAGAAGACAAUGGAGGAUACAAUAAUUCAAACCCUGAAAGCAUUUCAAAGCUCCAAAUAGAGAGUGACAUGAGAGAGCUAGUGCAGCUGGUACUAAAUUCUUCAGAUGGCAUGGACUCUAAUAUCAAGCAAACAUUCUUAACAGUCACAAAGAGCUUUUACUACAAUGCUUUCACUCAUCCUGGGACUGUCAACUACCAUAUUGCCAAAGUACUCUUUGAAACAGUGUAAGAUUAGUUGACAUUUGAAUAUUGAAAAUAAUGUUGAGGUCAUUGUAGAUAACCAUUAGUUGUCAGCAAUUUCAGAUAAUAAGGUCCAACACAUAUCCAAUACAACUAAAAUGCAACCCUGCUAUACCCUUAUGCUCACAAAUAAUUGCUUCCAAUAUCUGAUCUCAGUGGAUAGAUACAAGGUAAAACCACAUUACUUCGUUGAGCUUUGUUGGCAUAAUGAUUUCCUCACAAAUGAAUGAUUAUUGGCAGACAGUGUUGACUCA